UCCGUCCGGGGCGUGGCGCGCGGGCGGCGCGGGGCACGGGCGGGCACGCGGGCAGCGCGCGCGCCAUGUCGUUCCGCCGCGCCUUGGCGCUCGCCGCCUGCGGGCUGGCCGGCGGCUCCGUCCUCUUCUCCGCCGUCGUCGUGGGCAAGCAGCCGGGCCGAGACAGCGAGCCGCGGCCGGGGGUUGCCGCCCCCGCCGCGCCCCCCGCCGCGCCGCCCGGGUUGCUGCUGCUGCCGCCCGCAGCCUCCUGCCCGGCGGCCCCGGGGUGGAUCGAGAGACCCGCCGGCACCGGCGGUUUCUGGGACAGCAACUGGGACCGACGUGAACCACUAGCUCUUAUCAACCUCAAAAAGAAGAAUGAAGAAACUGGGGAAGAGGAACUUGCCUCACGGUUAGAUCACUGCAAAGCAAAAGCCACCAGGCACAUAUUCCUUAUCCGUCAUUCUCAGUAUAAUUUGGAUGGCCGGGCUGACAAAGAUAGAACUCUGACCCCCCUUGGUCGAGAGCAGGCUGAACUGACUGGGCAUAGGCUGGCAAGUUUGGGAUUAAAAUUUGAUCAGAUUAUCCACUCCUCCAUGACUAGAGCAACUGAAACAACUGAAAUUAUAAGCAAGCAUCUCCCAGGAGUAAAAAAAAUCAGUACUGAUCUGCUGAGAGAGGGAGCACCCAUAGAGCCAGACCCUCCAGUCUCUCAUUGGAAACCAGAAGCUGUGCAGUAUUAUGAAGAUGGAGCUCGAAUUGAGGCUGCUUUUCGAAACUUCAUUCAUAGAGCUGAUGCCAAGCAGGAAGAAGACAGCUAUGAGAUCUUUGUCUGCCAUGCCAAUGUGAUCCGCUAUAUCGUGUGCAGAGCGCUGCAGUUCCCCCCGGAAGGCUGGCUGCGCAUGUCUCUGAACAACGGCAGUAUAACGCACUUGGUGAUCCGGCCGAAUGGAAGAGUUGCACUGCGAACAUUGGGUGACACGGGUUUCAUGCCUCCAGAUAAAAUCACACGCACCUGAAGAAACAAAACUGCUGACUGUCCAGGAGCUGCCUCUAGUCUCUUUGCACUAGCACGUUGAGCUACAGUACCACUAGAUUUGUAUCUGUUAUGUUGGGGAGUGAUGCUGUCUUAAAAAUGUCCUUUUGCCCCUUGCCUCCUUCAUACAUAUUCAUAUCUGCCUUUCAGUCCAGAAAAGAAGGGAGCUUUGUAAGCCUGAAGCUGUCCAGUCCUCAGGUAUUCUGCAGAACUCAAAAGCUGAGCUGGGGAAUACAAAGAGAUUGAAUGUCUGUGUGCUCAGCAGUUGCAAGAGCACCAACUUUUCCCCCUUGUCCCUAUAACCAAAGCUUGUUCCUGUGGAUAUUUUUCUUGUGCAGGGAAGCAAUUGGUGUGGGUCCUGGAAGGAACAGCCUUGUAUUGUACUGCAUCUAAACUGAAGCCAAGCCAGCAUAUUUCAGCUCUUGCAGAAGGGAGAAACAUAGUAUUCUGCAGUUCCAAUGACAAAGGGAUAUGGGUGCAGCUUUUGUAAGCUGUUGGGGAUGUCUGUUUAUGGUGUGUCAUUGUUCCCCUUUGCCCCCAAAAAGGCAUAAAACAGGGUAAAACCCCAUUUGCCUCCGAGCUGUGGUGCUAGAAAUAACUGCUGCUUGUACUCUGUUUUCCUCCAUCCUCAGGAAGUACUUUAAGCUACUCUGAAUAGCUUUUUUCAGUCUCGCAAAGCCUUUAACUAAAACUAAUGGAAGGAUGUAGGGGUGAGUUUGUAGCAGUGAGAUGGAAGGAAAGCAGCAAUCUUCUGCAGGCACUUCCAGUUACUGACUCAUCUGUUUUGAAGUCUUUUGUUUCUGCUGUCUCCCAGUGAUUUGUCUGUUGAUAGCUUGCGUUCAGUGUAGAGAAAUAACACCACAGAGCUCAAGGUAACAAUAUGCGCGACCACAGGUUCCAGUACUGGAGCCAACUGCUGCUUGACACAGCUGCUGCCCGAUGUUGGGGUGGCUUGUCCAGGCCAGGGGUGUGGUACAGAACGCUUGAGGUGAUUCCUCUGUACAGCUCCAACACUGCGGGACUUGUUCUAGGGAAAAUGUGGGUGACUGAGAACUAGGUUUCAUUUUUGAGGGGAGGGUGCAGCAGCAUUUCAUCAGAAGGCUGUUUGCAAGGCACCCAAACCGGUGUAGCAACUUGGCUCACUUAGUACUUGCAGUGCUGAAAUAGUCCAUCAUUUGCAUAGUCUGCCUUGGUGACAGUGCCUAUCCUGUAGGACAGCAGACAUAUGUGAUGUAUUGGACACAUUCUCUUGUCACCAAGAAUGUUGAUGAGACCCUGAAAUUGCUCCUGUCGCAGCUGUGUGAAGCAUAAUUGUGGUGCACAACCUAGCGAGACAAGGUGUAAUGGCUUGUUGGGUACAGGACUGCUACAUCGGGAUGAUUCCAAGGAAGACGGGCCUAGUAGGGAACAGAACAUGAUCAUUGUGUGGUGCGAAUUGUGGGGGCAAGAGGAAACCAUCAUCAUGUAUCU